AAAAAAUGCAAAUCAGAGAAAUGAAAGGAGACUAUAUUGUUAUUGCUGAUAAUUUAGUAGGAGAGGGGACGUAUGGGUAAGUUUACAGAUGUUAUAAAAAAAAUAAUUAGGAUGAAUUAUAUUGUAUGAAGAUUUUAAAGAAAAGAAACGACUCUCGAGACUCAGCAACAAGAAAAAUAUUAGAUGCUGAAUUAAACAUACUUUCUAUGUUAAAGAAUACUCCAUCUGAAAAUUUGGUUAAAUUAGUUGAUUUUGUAAAGAGUGACGAAGAAUUAUGCUUGGUUAUGGAAUUAUGUGAUUGCGAUCUUAGCUCCCUCUUUAUGCAUUUUAAAUAAUCGAACGAAUGGUUUAAAAGAGAAGAUCAAAUUCAAAUGAUUAGAUAAAUCCUUAAAGGAGCUUAAUUGUUGAAGGAAAACAAUAUUGUCCAUAGAGAUAUUAAGCCCUAAAACAUACUUGUAAAGAUUCUCAAUCCCAAUCUAGAAGAGCAGAAGAAAAUUUAUAAGGUUAAUUUAUUCAUGAAAUAAUUUAGAUUGCUGAUUUUGGGUUCUCCAAAACCUUAAUCAAUAUUUACUAGUAAUAAGACAUGACUCGAGCUGGCACUACCUGUUAUAUGGCACCAGAAAUAUUUAAUAACGAAUAAUCUUGUGGGAAGUGUGAUGUUUAUUCUCUUGCAAUAUUAUUUCAUCAAAUUGUGUUUGAAAUGAAUUUUCCUGCAAAUUAUAAAACUAGGGAUUAAAUACCAUAAUUUUACGAGUAAAUUAAACAUACACCAUAUAAAUGUUAAUAACUGCCAGAUAAAGAUGGGUAAUUGUUAGCAGUUUUAAUAGAGAAAAUGAUGCUUUUUGAUUAAAAUUAGCGAAUAUCAUUUGAAGCUUUGCAGGAAUAUGAUAUAAUAUUAUUAAAAGAUCCACUAUUUCAAACUAUGUAAUAAAAAAAUGAAUUAUUAAUAAAUGAUUAAGAUUAAAUGCAAUCCGUAUUCCAAGGAAUCUAUACAAUUUUAGAUAAUUUAUAUAGAAAAAGUUUACUUUGCAAUAACAUAGCCGAUAUGGUUAAGCAUGCUAAUUCCAAUAAUAAUGUGAAUCUAAUGAAGAUGUAAUACACUAUUACUUAGAUUGGUUAUGAGGAAAUUAAAAUUGGAUUUGCAAUGAUACACAGGGUUAGUUCAGAUCUAUUACCAAAACUGCUUCAACUUUGUGAUGUCCAGCACUUUAUGAGUUUGUUGAAUUUGUACAUUGAGUAAUCAAGUCCAAAAGAAGUAGAACUUCACUAGAAAAUAAAAAGUCAAUUCUAUAGUUAACACAAAAAGCUUUUAGAAGAUAGUAAUGAGAUAAAAUAAAAAAUUUACUAGCUUUAAGAAUCCUAAAUCAUUCCAUAGAGUGCAGAUGAUGAGUUAUUCUCUCUAGAUAAUCUAUCUAAAAAAUACGAAUUAAACAGACUCUGCAUUUAUUUAUAGAAUUUAAUUGAUAUUCAGGAAGAGUGUUAGCCUUUAAGUGAAAACGAUAUGUAAAUAAUAAACUAUUGAAUUAGUCAAAUUCUUAAGAAAAUCAAGGAGAUUACAACAAUAGAAAGUAGAUUCGAUUUUUUUGAGUAUAAACUUUAUAAAUCGGACUAAAUACUCAAAUUGUGA